AUGAGCGUACUGGGCGUUAGUUCGAUCUCGCUCAAUACCACCGACGAACUGCGCUUCCUCGAAGCGUCCAAGUUCUACGUCCAUUUGGGCUUUUCCUUGGUGAAAACCUACAGCAAAUACUCGCAGGUGGCCUCCGAACAGAAGGCCGAGCACUUGCGCGGAAUUUCACAUGAUCUGCUCCGCGAGGUGUGGUUGCAGACGGUGCCAAUGCAGCAAACAGACGAACUGGGCAAUCGCAUUCCGUGGCAGGAUAUGCCGUUUUAUAAUGGAGACAGCACCAAGUCGCUUUUCCAGGGCGUGUUGAUCAAGUUGCGCCUUGUGGCCGCGCAGACGUCCGCGGUGUCGUUGCAGGACGUGCGGUUGUUCUCGUGCAAGUUGGGCGAGACCGAAGCGGCGUUGAAGUCGUUAAAUGUAGGUGUUUCCAAGGACGAGCAGGGCUGCUUGACCGCGGCCGACCCGCUUGGAAACACGGUGUAUAUCAGUAAUCGUCCGUUCUCUUCCUCGACGCAGAGCUUCUCUCUGCCUGAAGAGUUCUGGGCUUUCCAGACCGACCAGCUCAUGAAGGCGUUGCCUGCCGUGGACUCGGACUCGGACUCGGACGGCGCCGCGGACCAGCCCAAGAAGAAGAAAAUCGCCGUCAUGACCUCCGGCGGUGACUCGCCUGGUAUGUCGCCUGCGGUGCGUGCCGUGGUCCGUUCGGGUAUCUACUUUGGCUGCGACAUGUUUGCCGUUUACGAGGGCUACGAGGGCUUGGUGCGCGGUGGCGACUUGUUGAAGAAAAUGGAGUGGGAGGACGUGCGUGGUUUCCUCUCCCACGGUGGUACCGACAUUGGAACCGCCAGAUGCGCCGAGUUCAGAGAACGCAAGGGCCGUUUGCAGGGUGCCUACAACAUGGUGGUCAACGGCAUUGAUGCUUUAGUUGUCUGCGGUGGUGACGGUUCUUUGACCGGUGCUGAUUUGUUCCGUUCCGAGUGGCCUUCAUUGAUCGAGGAGUUGGUCCAAACUGGCCGUUUGACCGCCGCCGAAGCCGAGCCCCACCGUCACCUCACCAUUGUGGGUCUUGUGGGCUCCAUCGAUAACGAUAUGGCCGGCACCGACGCUACCAUUGGUGCUUACUCUGCCUUGGAGCGUAUCUCCGAGAUGGUUGACUACAUCGACGAGACCGCCAACUCCCACUCUAGAGCCUUCGUGGUUGAAGUUAUGGGCCGUCACUGUGGCUGGCUCGGCUUGAUGUCCGGUUUGUCUACCGGCGCAGACUACAUCUUCAUUCCCGAGAGACCUCCAAAGCAUGGCAAAUGGCAGGACGAGUUGAAGGAGAUCUGUUCUCGCCACAGAGGCUAUGGUAAGAGAAACACCACCGUCAUCGUGGCCGAAGGUGCCAUCGACGAUGAGUUGCAGCCAAUCACCGCAGAAACCGUCAAGGACGUUCUUGUGGAGUUGGGUCUCGACACCCGUAUCACCACUUUGGGCCACGUUCAAAGAGGUGGUACCGCUGUGGCCUACGAUAGAAUGCUUUCCACCUUGCAAGGUGUGGAGGCCGUCAAGGCUGUUUUGGAGAGCACACCAGACAUCCCAUCUCCUGUUAUCGGAAUUGCCGAGAACCAGAUUGUGCGUCAACCUUUAGUGGACUCUGUUCGCGACACCAAGAUGGUUGCAACAGCCAUUGAGGCAAAGGACUUUGACAAGGCCAUGAGCUUGCGUGACUCGACCUUCGCUGAGGCUUACGAAGCUUACUUGUCUACAGCUCUCCAUGAUGAUGGCUCUCAACUCUUGCCAGAGACUGAGAGAUUGAACAUCGGUAUUGUCCAUGUCGGAGCAUCGCUGUCGGCUUUGAACGCUACCACACGUGCUGCCGCUUUGUACUGUUUGUCUAAGGGCCACAAAUUGUUUGCCAUUCAAAACGGUUUCUCUGGCCUCAUAAAAGACGGUGUCAUCAAGGAAUUGUCUUGGUUAGACGUCGACGGAUGGCACAACAAGGGUGGUUCGGAAAUCGGAACCAACAGAUCCUUGCCUGCUGAGCACUACGGUGAUGUUGCCUACUACUUGCAAAGAUAUAACUUAAACGGUCUUUUAAUUGUUGGUGGUUUCGAAGCUUUCACUGCAUUGCACCAGUUGGAGUCUCAAAAGGAGCUCUAUCCAGUGUUUAACAUUCCAAAGGUUGUAGUUCCAGCCACGGUGUCUAACAAUGUGCCAGGUACCGAGUACUCCUUGGGUUCCGACACCUGUUUGAACCAAUUGGUCAACUACUGUGACGCCAUCAAGCAAUCCGCUUCGUCCACUCGUAGAAGAGUUUUCGUUGUUGAAGUUCAAGGUGGAAACAGUGGAUACGUUGCAUGUUACGCCGGUUUGGUCACAGGUGCCAUGGCCGUCUACACCCCAGAACUGAAGAUCAACUUGCAGACCAUCCGCGAGGACAUUGACUUGUUGGUAGACGUUUUCGAUGGAGACCGUGGUGAAGAUAAGAACGGUAAGGUUGUCAUUCGUAACGAGCACGCCUCAAAGGUGUACACAUCAGAGCUUUUAUCUGAUAUCUUCUCUGAAGCUGCAAAGGGCCGUUUCGAGACACGUACCGCCAUUCCAGGUCAUGUGCAACAAGGUUACACCCCAAGUUCCAUGGAUAGAGUCAUGGCUGUCCGUUUUGCCGUACAAUCGGUCAAAUUCAUUGAACAAUGGAGUCAUAAAGCAUACGAGACCCUUCAUCAGGGAUCGUCACACCAUGCUGUCAACAACUUGAAGAUGCUUGACGUCAUGAGAACUCAUCCACACAAUUCCGUCGUUAUCGGUAUACAAAACGCGCUGUUGGUUUUCUCCGACAUCAAGGCUUUGUACCAGGACGAUGCCGACAUGCGCUUGAGAAAGGGUAAGACCGUUCACUGGGAGAAUUUGUCGGAGGUCGGCGACAUCUUGAGUGGGCGCUCGCGUUUGAGAGACCGUAGAAGGGAGCACGAGGAAGCAAAGAAGCAAUAA